AUGGGCUCAUUUCUCUCCUCAACGCUCAAUGGCCUCCCUCCCCUACGAGACUUCAUCCUCCCAACCCCAGAGGCCUACGUGAUACUGCUCAAUAUCUGGCAGUACUUUCCGCUCAUAACUGUAGCCCAAUGGCUUACGGCCUGGCACCCGGCAGGCAAAACCUCCAAGGACUCGAUUCUCAACAUUCCCGGCCGCAUCGCCUGGUUCGCUAUGGAAAUCGUCGGCCCCAUAAACCUCCUCUAUAUCCUAACAACCCUUCCCGCAAAGCUACCAACUCUAGAUAUACGUACCCUUCCGCUAACCAAUAAGCUUGUGGCUUCACUCUACGUGCUCCAUUACGUGAACAGGGCAGUCAUCUCCCCGUUUUUCACAGCGCCGAGCAUGUCACCUAUCCAUGUUUUUAUCGCGGUGUCAGCAGCGGCAUUUAACUGGGUCAAUUCGACUUGUCUUGCUUGUUGGCUUGUCGGGUACAAUGUAACCACUGUGCCGGGUUACUAUCCUACUUCCGGCUUGGGCGCAGCUGAAGCGGCCUUGAUGACACCAGAAAAGGUCCUCGAGGAUAGUUUGUCCAGUACGGUGGGAACGUCGCUGGUGAUUCCAGCUGUUGGACUCGUUUUGUUCUUCGUUGGAAUGGCCGGGAAUAUCUAUGCCGAGCGAACCCUCUUCGCGCUUCGUCGCGAGGCGGCAGACAAACAAGCCAGUCAAACUUCGGCCAACGGUGCAGACGCAAAAGAAUCAACAGACGGAAAGAAGCCAAACAAAUACCACAAGGUCUACGUUAUACCCCCGAAAUCUGGCCUCUUCGCAUCAAUCCUCUACCCACACUACGUUUUAGAGUGGCUCGAAUGGACUGGUUUCGCUCUCGUGGGCACCACAGUCUUCCCUGCUCUUUCGCCGCCGUCUCUGAUCCCCGAUGUACUCAGUACCUCUUUUAGAAGCACAACCGGCGGAAUACCAGGCUUUGGACUGGGACUGGGCGCGAGCAGGACGUCGUAUGGUGCUGCAUCUGCACCUGCCUCUACCGUGCAUCUUGCACCCUGGCUUAUACCUGCUGUUUGGGCGGCCGGGAAAAUGAGGCUUCCCGUGUUGCCGCUGCCGGCAAUGGUGUUUGUUGUUAAUGCGGUGAGCAACAUGUUGCCGCAUGCGAGGUGGGGGAGGAAGUGGUAUGUUGAGAGGUUUGGGGGAGGGGAAAGGUGGUGUGGAGGGUAG